GAUCAAGAAAUAGCCGGCGAGUGUUAGUUAAGCUCGAGAACAAUGGCUUCCGUGGCCUCUCUCUCCGGCCUCUCCUCUCUCACAAUGAGAGUUAAGCCCUUAUCGGCUCUCAGUAAUCCCCCGAGAACGGCGGUUCCGUACGAUCUGAAUCAGGGUCAGAACCGUCUUCUCCAUAGGCUUCCUUCUGGUCUGAAAAUGGAGGUAAUCGAGCAGAGAAGAAAAAGCUUCGUUGCCGGGGAAAAUCAAAACCCGCCUCUGGUUUUUGUCCAUGGAAGCUACCAUGCAGCGUGGUGUUGGGCUGAGCAUUGGCUGCCAUUCUUUUCUUCUUCUGGGUUCGACACAUAUGCUGUUAGCUUGUUAGGUCAGGGCGAAAGCGAUGUACCUUCAGGAAAAGUCGCCGGGACUCUCCAGACGCAUGCAAGUGAUAUUGCAGACUUCAUCAAAGCAAAUCUUAGCUCUUCCCCGCCUGUUCUUAUCGGUCAUUCUUUUGGAGGGCUCAUCGUCCAAUAUUACUUGGCAAAUAUCGCAGACAAACAAUCCUCAGGAAUGGAAAACGCAUUUCCGGAACUUUCUGGUGUAGCGCUCGUCUGCUCGGUGCCACCUUCGGGUAAUAGUGGGCUAGUGUUGCGAUAUCUCUUCACCAAACCUGUUGCUGCUUUUAAGGUAACUCUCAGUUUGGCUGCCAAGGCUUUCCAGACAUCCAUUCCGCUUUGCCGGGAGACUUUUUUCUCUUCAACCAUGGACGAUAACCUUGUUCAGCGUUACCAGGGCCUGAUGCGAGAAAGUUCCCAUGUACCUCUCUUUGAUCUAAGGAAGCUAAACGCAUCACUUCCAGUGCCAAAACCUGUGCAGAAUUCCACCAGAGUUCUCGUCUUGGGUGCCGAGGAUGAUUUCAUAGUGGAUGAGAAAGGGCUGGAGGAAACCGCCGGGUUUUACGGUGUUGAACCGGUUUGUGUUGAAGGUGUUGCCCAUGACAUGAUGUUGGAUUGUUCAUGGGAGAAAGGUGCUGAAUUUAUUUUGUCUUGGCUAUCCGGUUUAUCUAAACCGGAAAAUCUGUCAGCCUGAGAGAAAUUUUGAAUUCAUUUAUUUGGGGUCGUCCAACGGUGAGAUAAUGAAACAUUUUUAUACGAUGAUAAUUUCAUUUCUUAUUAGUAA